AUGGCCACCAAGCCAGCCCUCACCCUCCUCUCAGACCUCACACCACCCUCCCUUGAACGAGCAUGGCUCACAGCCCCGCACCCCACCCUCCCCAUCGUCGCAACCUGCAGCUCCGACAAAACCGUGCGAGUAUACUCUCUCACAAACUUCAAGCUACUCUCCACAAUUACAGGCGGUCAUAAGCGCAGCGUACGCACUGCCGCCUGGAAGCCCCACGUGAACGGCGAAAGCGUGCUCGCAACGGGCUCCUUCGACGCCACAGUCGGCGUUUGGCGACGGUGGGAUAGCUAUGGGCGGGCGGAAGGCGGCAGCGCGGGGUGGGGUGGUAACGGGGCCAAUGCCGAUGGUGACAAUGCGUUGGCAUCCAAUGGCAAUGCCGCAGAGAACGAUGAGGAAGACGAAGAAUGGCGGUUUGCGGUGUUACUGGAUGGACACGAUAGCGAGGUGAAAUCCGUCUCGUGGUCGGCUUCGGGGAUGUUGCUGGCGACGUGUGCUCGUGAUAAGUCAAUCUGGAUCUGGGAAGACCUUGAUGACGGAGAUAACAACUUUGAGACGGUGGCUGUCAUGCAAGAGCAUGGCGGUGAUGUGAAGUGUGUUGCUUGGCAUCCUGCAGAGGAGUGUCUUGCGAGUGGAGGCUACGACGAUACGAUCCGAGUAUGGCGCGAGGAUUUGGAUGACUGGGGCCAAGUGGCGUGUAUCAAAGCGCACGGCGGCACGGUUUGGUUCCUGGACUGGGAGAGUGUGGAUAAUGUGCCGUCAACUUCUUCCUCUACACCAGAUGAGAGCGCGGACCUGGUGAGCCAGUGGCGCGAGCAGCGUGCGUUGUCUGGUCCUCGUUUGUUAUCCUGCUCGGAUGACCGAACUGUGCGGGUCUGGCGCCGAUUGCCUAAAGAAAACGGAGCACCUGGCUUGAACUCGUCUGCGGCGACCGGAAUCCCGAGUAUUAUCCGGCCUACUGGAACCGACGAAACUUGGGAAGAGGAUGCCGUGCUGCCGCAUGCUCACGAGCUGGCAGUGUACGCAGUUGCAUGGAGUCGCCGAAGCGGACUCGUCGCGUCCGUGGGUGCUGAUGGGCGAAUUGUGCUGUACGAGGAGCGGCUUGUCAAUGCCCCAGCACCCGAUGCGGAUGCCAUGGACACUGAAACCACGCCGAAGCCGUCGGUCAAGACGGAGUGGUCGAUUAUUGCGGUGGUUGAUGGCGCCCACGGUAUCUAUGAGAUCAACCACGCUGCCUGGGCGAAGCGAGCAGAUCGUGGAUCUACGGAUGGCCAGGAGGAAGAGGUUCUUGUGACAAGCGCAGAUGAUGGCAGCGUGAAGGUGUGGACGCUCCAGCGGUGA